AUGGUAAUCUUAACUUUCGUCGGAAUAAUUUUCUUUUUAUAUAUUACACAUUUUUACUUUCAUUAUUACACUCGUCCAAACCCUCUUCCUGGACCAUUUCCAUUGCCAUUUAUUGGUACGCUUCUUCAAAUUGGGUUAAAUCCUCGUAAAUGGGCUGAAAAAAAUUUAGAUGAUUCUAUAGACAUGUGGGAGCUUUAUGUUGGUCCUUUUCGAGUUAUAGUCGUUUGUGAUGCAAAAUAUGUUGAUAAAAUAUAUUUAUCGUAUCGUGAUACGCAAAGUUUAUAUAGUGAAUCAAAAUUUUUUAAACGUAGCAUUGCCGCUUAUGAUGAAUUUGGGGUGUUAAAAGGUGUAAUAUUUAAUGGCCUUUUUCAUAAGUGGAAACGACUUCGGCAAUUUGUUACUAAAGUUUUAAUGUCAAAAAAAUACCAUCUUGGGUUUAUAAAUAGUGCUCAAGAGAUAUUUAGGGAAUUUGAAAAUGAAUGGGAUAAAAAUGAUGUUGUAACCUUAGAUAUUUCCAAUUGGAUAACUUAUUAUAAAGCUAAAUUAACAAUCACAACUGUUAUUGGACAAGCAUUAUAUAAUUUGUCAUCAUUUGAGUCGAUUUCCAAAGCAGCAUCUGAAUAUAUGGCAAUGCUUGCUUUCAUGGUCCUUAUACCAAAAUCUAUUAGCAAACUUGUGUCAAUUGGAUUCGGUGGCAUGAAAAAGAAAUCGAUUUUCUUGAAUGGUACAAUGCAUAAAAUAAUUCUAAAUCGUAGAAUUGAGAUUAAGAAUGGGUCACCGACAAAUUUUAAUUUACUGGAUCUAUUGUUGAUUUCUAAUUUAUCAAAUGAUUCUGAAGUAUAUAUAGAAGGUGAACAACCUAUGAAUGAUGAUGAAAUUAUGGUCAAUCUUGCUGAAAUUACAGCUGCUUCUAUCGAUACGACCAGCUCUGCUUUUUGUUUCCUCAUUUAUAAUGUUGUCAAGAAUCCCUCAAUUCUUAAAGAACUUCGUGCUCAAAUUCUUGAAGUAUUUGGCUCAAAUACAAAUUCAAAGAUUACUUAUGAAGAUCUUGAAAGGUGCCAUUAUAUAGAUGCAUUGAUUAAAGAAACCUUACGUCAUUCAAAUCCAAUUCCAUAUAAUUUACGUUUGCUUGACGGUAAUGAAAGCAUAGAUAAAUUUCAAUGGCCAUCUGGAACAUGGUUCUUUAUCGAUGAUCACCGAAUAAUGAAUAAUUCUAAUUAUUGGAACGAACCAACAAGGUUUAAUCCCGAUAGAUUUCUUAGUAAAGAACACGGAGGCACUG